UGUGCAACUGAGCAACAACAACGAAACGAUAAUUAGAGGAACAAACUGCAGCAACAAUUGCGCCUACGCAUAAUUAAUUAAGAAUUGAAUAAGCCAAGUUUACAAAAUGGGUUUUAAGGGCGGUCACAGUCCGCGCAUUAACAAGACGCUGAUCUCCUUGAAGGUGGUCGUCUUCUUUGUCAUCAGCGGUUUGACGGCGUUGCAUGUGUUGCAUGCCACAAAGCCGCUGCUGCUGGGCUUGAACUUCUCCGAGUAUCGCACCAUCAGCAUUGUAGCGCCAUUAGUGUCCAUUUUGGGUCCAUUGAUUGCUGGCCCCUGGGCCGAUCGUCUGGCAGCCAAGAAUCCCAAUGGCUUCGGACGCACACUUCGCAUAUUGACGGCAGUUUUUCUGCUGCUGGCCGCCUUGAUCUACGCCUGUCUGUUCGCAGUGCCCGAGGUGGAACGCAAGCCGGCGCAUUUGCAGAAUGUGAGCUUCAGCUGUGAUGCCAAUGGCGCUUCUAUAUUCCAGCAGCAGUGCAGCGAGAACGGCACGUGCCACAGCUGGGAGCAGAAGGUGGGACGUGUUAAUCUGACACGCUGCACCUACAUGUGUCUGAACCCCAAUAAUCCCGAGGAAAUGCAUAGCAACGGGCCGCGCGAGACGCCAACUCUGCCGCCCUUUACGGGCCAGAGCUCCGAGUACUCUGACUAUGACGACGAAGCGGGCAGUGCCACAACGGAAACCACGCGCAGCAGACGACAUACUGAGGAAGCAAAUAGUGCGGGCGUGGAGCAGCUCAGCGCCGAGGUGAAGCGUUCGCGGCGUCAGACCAAGGGAAUUAUACCGGUGAGAGAUUUUGUGCCGCCGCCGCAUCUGUGCCUGACUCAGCGCAACGAGCAGGGACAGCCGCUGGUUAAAAGCUGCCAUGUGUUCACCACGGAUACGCCCAACAUUGUGCUAGAUGCAGUCAUGGGCGCCGAGAUGAACCUCACGAAGAAUAACGAUACCCAAGGCUGGUGUCAAUAUCCCUUGGAGGGCAUACAGUGCAGCAUACCUGACCAGCAGAUUACUCUUAUGCGCCGGCAAAUCCACGGCUGCAUUCCCAUUGUUAGCUGCCUCAUAGCGCAUCCUUAUGACGGCAAGGACAGCGUGCUGGCUGACACCGAGUGCGUGAAGGUCAACGGUAAUGUGGGCGACACUCUGCUGGGUUAUUGGCUGAUACGCCUGCUGGGCGACAUUUUCCCCAUGGCCGCGCUGACGCUGCUCAACACCGCCAUUGUGAUUGCUGUGCGUGAAACUUCGGAGGGACGCGGCGAGGUGUGCCGCCAGUAUGUGUGGGGCGCCAUUGGCUAUGUCGUGCUCUUCUCCCCGCUGGACUUGCUGUUCAUGCAGCAGCAGCCCAAUCAGGAUGCCGCCUUCGCUGCGCUCAUUGUCCUGCUUGUGUGCUUUGUCCUGGGCGCCAUUGUGCUGCUGUGCGCCACACAAAUGCCGCUGAGUCCGCCUGAAUGGUGGUGGCAUACCAAGACGGGCAUGCUAGUGGUGCCCAUGUCGGCUAUACGUCGUUAUAGUCCCGAGAUUGUGGUGCUCACACUGGUGUCCAUACUCUUUGGCCUGUUCUGGAGCAGCAUACACAGCUAUCUGUACUGGACGUUCAGCGAUGCCAAUGCCAUUUGCUUUGCGGGCUUGCUGCUGGUGCUGCUGCUGUUCUUCAAUGUGGACAAGUUUAUCGAAUACUGCGGACACUCGAACAUCUUCAUCGCCGCCUUGAGUGACGCCCAGUUGCACUGGCUGACCAUCGUGAUGGAAACUAUUGAGCCGGCACUGAUUGGACUCAUUUGGAUUACAAUUAUUUUGUACAUGCGUCAUGCUAUGCCGCGCAAGCUGACGGCCACAGGCCAAGCGCUAGCAGUGCUCUCGUUCUUUGGUCUAGGCAAAGGAUUUGGCGCUAUGAUUGGCCUGGCUCGCGACGAGAAGCUGCCCAAGCUGGCCGACUGGCAGUGCUGCUUUGAAUGGCUCGCCAUUCUGGCCUGCAUCAUUGCGCUCAUCUACUUCACCAUUUACAAUCUGAUUUUGGCGCCACGUUGCACUGCCAAGCCGCAGCAUGUGGAGGAGCUUAUCUCAGGCUCCGCCUCGCAGAACUUUGGCAACACGGCGAACGGCAAUGGCACUAGCAAUGGAAAUGGAACCGGCGCAGGAGUGGGCACUAGCGCUGGUGCCUCACUCAAUGGCAAUGGCACUGGCAACGGCAGUUACUCGCCGCUGCGUGUUUACCACAAUGAAAGGGGGAAGAAGGGACAAUUUAGAUACUAAACUCAACUGUGAGCUGGAGAGGAGAACGAGAGAGAGAGAGGCAGUCAUGUCCAAUCACUUGGAUUGAUAUUUUUUAGAUAUUACUUGUGUACAUCAGGCACACACACACACACACACACACACACUCAGCUCUCCUGCCCUAAUGACCCCGCCCCGCCCAACUGAAGGGUCACACUGCUAAUAGUUUGUAAUGCGUAUUUUUGCUAAGUGUAUACACUGAGAACAAAACAAAUACCUUUUUUGUAUCCCUACGAAUAUAUAGAGUUUCUUUUAUUUGUUAUUUAAUGCAAACUAAGCGAGUUUCUAAUUUUAGUAAAUGUCUGCAUCAAAUAUAAAUCAAAUGGAAGCCACUUUCCGCAUGCAACUGCCCCAACAAUAAUUAAAGAGCAUGCUAACUACCCUAAACUGUUGUUGCUUCUCUAUUUAUGAGUUUUCAUAAUGAAGGCAUCAAUUUUUAAUAAACAUUUUGCGUGAUUUUACUAAGCAUAAACCUACAAACAUAAAUGUAAUAAUAAUAAAA